UCGCGGAGUGAAGGGAACGCAGAGCGCAUCGUAGGUGUCGACGAAAUUCAGGCGACGGAAAUCGUAGCCGGACUUGUUGUACCGGUCGCUGGAAGCUAGAUGAAGCCGCUGUUGGAGCACUAUUACAUGGGAGUGCAUGAGGUCGCUCCGAAUGGCGGAGCAGUUAAGCCGUUGCCCUCUUCUUCUGUCGAUGGAGGGGUGGCGGAUGUGAAGGGAGAGGACAUCGGGCUGAAUCUGAAGGAGACGGAGCUCAGGCUUGGGCUUCCUGGAUCGGAUUCACCGGGGCCGAUGGACAGCAUUGGGCUUAGUCUCGGUAUACAAAUGGGUUUUGUUGCUGGAGCUAAAAGCGUGUUUACUGCUGCAACAGAUGGGGCUGUUCUGUUGGGUCUGUCUUGUGGGAGUCGAACCGAUAGAGAGAAGCUUUGCUGGCCGAUGGCGGAGGAUGUUGGUCCGGUCGGGAAUCCUGUUGAGAAGGAGAAUAAUGCUGUGGAUCGCGCGAUCCUCAAUGCUGCUAAGGCCCAGGUAGUUGGAUGGCCCCCUAUUAAAAACUACCGGAAGAAUACUAUGGCUAUCAACCCAGCGAAGAACAAGGAAGAGGGUGAAGGGAAAGCAGGCAUGCGAUGUUUGUUUGUGAAGGUGAGUAUGGAUGGUGCUCCAUAUAUGAGGAAAGUUGACCUCAGAACAUACUCGAACUACGAAGAGCUGUCCUUAGAAUUGGGGACAAUGUUUUGUAGCUUUACUAUUGGCCAUUGUGGUUCACAGGGCUUACUGGCCAAAGAUGGAUUAACUGAGGGCUGGUUGUUGGAUCUACUUCAUGGGUCCGACUAUGUCCUUACUUAUGAAGACAAGGAUGGCGAUUGGAUGCUUGUCGGCGAUGUCCCAUGGGAAAUGUUUAGGGAUUCCUGUAGGAGAAUAAGGAUUAUGAAAGGUUCAGAUGCAAUUGGUUUUCGUUGAGUAUGAACUGCCAAACUGAGCUAACGUUGCUCCAAGAUCCAUACAAAAGCCGGCCUGAAGAAACAGAAUCUCCCUAUUGCUGCUAGAAGGUACAAACCAACAA